GACUUACUGCUGUAUGCUACCUGCAGCACAAACUCUCACACAACACACUCUGCUUGAGCCAUGGCCCGGGUGCACAUAGUUCUGCUUGGCCUGCUCCCCAUCGUCCUCAUCCUAACUGUGCUGCCUGAGGUAGAAAGUGCAGCAAUGAAGGAUGGAAAAGAAAAAGACGCUGAAAGUCAGGGACCUAAGAAGGUUUUUGUUCCACCAUCAGAUGCAUCAAACUUUUUCAAGCGCCGAAGCCGCAGGUCCCCAAAAUUAUACGCAGAGUAUGUAGCGGAGCAUAAGUUGCAGUUGGCUGCCUCUGAGCGCAGGAGGGAGUACUAUGAUGAACAGAGCGAUGAGUACGAGAACCAUCUGGAGGAAACCCGAAAUGAGCAAUUUGAAAGAAACCGGGAGAAUACAGAGCAAUGGAGGGAGUAUCACUACGAUGGGCUCUACCCACAGUACCCACAUCACCGCCCUUAUUACUGAGUGUCUUAUAUAAUCUUGCAUGCCUGAGUGGCACACAGAACUAUAGCAACAAUCACAGGGCUGGGUGCCUUUGUUUCUGUUUCUUAAAAUGUAUUUAAUCUGCACUUUAUAUUUAUCUUGUAAGUGCAAUCAAAAUUCAAAACAUGUUGAAUAUACAGUAUAAUGCUUGUAGUCUGAUCUAAUUAUAUUCUCUCCUAAUUUAC